UCCUCUAUUGCCCUCAUUUUCUCUCCUUUAUUCUCAGCUUUGCCUUCGUCGCCUUCCUUUUCCUAGAUUCUCCAUCUCUGACCACUCUCUCUUCCUAUCUCUCUCAUUCUUCAAUCAGAUCUCAACUAACGCCUUCAGGGAAAUUGCUGUGAACCACCCAUGACGCUUGGCUCAGGGGGAUCCAGUGUCGUGGGUGAGUCCCUUGAUCUGCCUCGCAACUUCAGAUUGCUGGAGGAGCUUGAACGUGGUGAAAAAGGUAUUGGAGAUGGAACUGUAAGCUAUGGAAUGGAUGAUGGAGAUGAUAUCUACAUGCGUUCCUGGACCGGCACAAUCAUUGGUCCCCACAAUACUGUACAUGAAGGUCGAAUUUACCAAUUGAAGCUGUUCUGUGAUAAAGAUUAUCCAGAGAAGCCCCCAAGUGUCCGAUUUCAUUCACGCGUCAACAUGACUUGUGUUAACCAUGAAACUGGAGUGGUUGAACCGAAAAAGUUCGGACUUCUUGUGAAUUGGCAGCGGGAGUACACUAUGGAGGAUAUACUGACACAGCUGAAGAAGGAAAUGGCAGCCCCGCACAACCGAAAGCUAGUCCAGCCUCCUGAGGGUACCUACUUCUAGCUUUCAAGAUCAUAUAGAUAUAUAUCAUAUUGCUUUUGCAAUAUGCAAUAUAUAGUUUGUACUCCUGUGUUGAUCUGCUGAAGUUUGGAACAUACAGGGGAAUGCCCUAAAAAAGCUUCUCAAAUUACCUCUCCAUGGCUUCAUUAUCAUUUUGUUGUCUACUCUUAUAAGACUCUGUUCAACGGAUGCUGUUUUAUUAAUGGGAUUUAUCUGUGUGUCAAAAUACUUGGAAAAAAAGACCCAUUAAGUAGUAUUUUCAGUUCUAGCUUUAUUAAUGUAUGUCAAAUUUGUAUGACUUGUCUCUUCUUUGUUGUUCUCUAUAUGCCUCUGGCUACUGAAGAAGCAGCUGCAGGAGUGUUACUGCAGUAUUGUAUAUUCUA